GGGCGAUUGAUGCUCACAGGCUCAGACGAACUGCCUUACCGAAAUUCUGUUCGACGAAGCGACGAAGCAAGCCACUGGGCUUGAUGCGUAUUUCGAAAAACAUGGCAGACUCGUGGGACCCCUGCAUGGCAUAUGUAUGACAUUGAAGGAUCAAUUCGACGUUAAAGGAUUCGACAGCACCCUGGGCUAUGUCGGUCGCUCUUUCAAGCCAGCCAAGCAAGACUGUGUUUUGGUGUCACUUCUGAAGCAAAUGGGAGCCAUUAUUGUCGCGAAGUCGAAUCUUCCCCAGUCAAUCAUGUGGUGUGAAACUGACAACCCGCUAUGGGGACUCACGGUGCAUCCGAAAAAUCCCGAAUUCACCCCUGGAGGUUCGACAGGCGGAGAGGGCACGCUCUUAGCCUUCCAAGGCACCGUAAUCGGAUGGGGAACAGACAUUGGUGGCAGCAUUCGCAUUCCGUCCCAUAUGAACGGAUUGUACGGGUUGAAGCCGAGCAGCACGCGUCUACCGUACCAAGGUGUCUCAGUGUCAACGGAGGGUCAGGAGCAUGUGCCAUCAGUGAUUGGGCCGAUGAGUCGAUCUAUCGAUUCGCUGGUGGCUGUGACCAAGGCUAUCAUCGACGCGAGUCCGUGGGACUAUGACCCAAAAUGCUCUCCGAUUCCCUGGCGGUCGAGUCUUUUCAAUGAAGCACACUCUAGGCCACUGCGUAUCGCAGUCAUGAGAGACGAUGGUGUAGUACGUCCACAUCCGCCAGUAGCGCGCGUACUGGACGAGGUCGUGGCAAAGCUCCAGCAAGCCGGCCAUGACAUUAUAGCUUGGAACCCUGGCAGUCUCCAUCAGGAAUGUAUUGAGAUCAUGGAUCAAUUCUAUACGGCUGAUGGAGGCGAGGACAUCAAGCGAGACGUUGAAGCUGGUGGAGAGCCUUACAUCCCGCACGUUGAGGCACUGGUCAAUAAGGGCAAGCCCAUCUCUGUUUACGCAUACUGGCAGCUGAACAAACAGAAGAUUGCCGCACAGAAGCGGUACUUGGAUCUCUGGAAAUCAACAACAUCUACGAAAACAGGUGAAGAGAUCGAUAUUCUUCUUGCCCCCGUGUCACCUCACUCCGCAGUUCCACACUGCCGAUGCCGUUGGGUAGGCUACACCAAGGUCUUCAAUUUUGUGGACUAUUCUUCGGUGGUCAUACCUGCCGGGCAAGUUUCUAGAGAGCUAGAUGGAGAGGCAGCAAGCGUGAUGAACACAUACCAGCCCAGGAACGCGUUGGAUGAAUGGAACUGGGAUUUGUUUGAUGUGGACACAAUGGAUGGCAUGCCCAUUGGUGUGCAAAUCGUUGCGCGCCGGCUCCACGAAGAGAGAGCUCUGGGUGCUGCGAAGAUGAUUGAUAGCAUACUGAGAGGUCGUUAGCCUACUUUUAGAUCAAACAACGCGUUUAUAACAUAGAGAAGUGCGGAUAGCCCCACAAGGCAUGCGUCAUUGCUGCUUUGGAUUCCAAUGGUCUAUCGAAGACCGACGGCUAUCGUACUAGUCUAUUUGCUUU